AUGAAAAACAUGAUUCUGAUCUUCUUCUGGACUCCCGGUGGCUUCCCUAGCAGAAACUAAAGGAAUUAAAGGAUCAUGGAAACCAACCAGCCAAAUACCACCAAUAAAAAACAAAUCAUCCCAAUUCCUCCUGAGGACCUCGCUCGAAGGGCCCGGGGGAGAGGGGGGAGGGCAGGAAACUAUUAUCUAUCUUUGUUAGUCAUGGGGCAGUAGCAGGUUUAAGUUGAGAUAUCUGAUUAUUUGGUAAGGAGCUAGUUGCAACUUUAUUUUCAAAUGUGACAUUUCCCACUUUGGGAGUGUGCAAUACAAAGGUCAGAUUUGCUAUAGGUUAGGAGAGUUUCUUCAGAAACUAAAGGAUCAUCCGCAUACCUUGCCAAAAGGGUGAAAGAAUGACUCAUUCUUUGAUGAGGUACUUGUGGUAUCCCAGAAAGAUUACCAUUUGCUGAGAUGACAAAGGAGUCUGCAGACCAGAAAAACUUUCCUGAGGGUGCCACGGUGACAUAUACUUGUCGACCAGGUUAUAAUAGAAACCGUUAUUUCUCACCUACACUUACUUGCCUUCCAGAUGGAACAUGGUCCAAGGCAACUGCAUUUUGUGAAAAAAAACGAUGCCCUAACCUUGGAGAACUAGUCAAUGGUCAUAUUAAUUUCAAUGAGGACAUUGUAUUUGGAUCAACCAUUUCAUUUAGUUGUGAUGAAGGGUUCUUAUUAAUCGGUCAGUCUGAAAGUAUAUGUGAAAUUGUACAUGAAAACCAAGUUGGGUGGAGUGCUCCUCUUCCAGAAUGCCAAGCCAUUCGCUGUCUUCCACCUCCAGAUAUUGCCAAUGGCCAAUACACAGACAAUUUUCAAGGUUUUUUUACUUAUGGCUCAUCGGUGAGAUAUACAUGUGAUAAAACAUAUUCACUCAUUGGAGAGGAAUUCAUCUAUUGUACUACUAAGAACAUGAAAGAUGGAGAAUGGAAUGGCCCUCCCCCUAAAUGUAAAGUUGUCCGUUGUAACAGUCCAGAUCUCCCAAAUGGACAUCUAAUAUCUGGAAGAAGGCCAUUUUAUACUUAUAAAGAAACCGUGAUCUUGGAAUGUGAUUCUGGAUUUUACUUGGAAGGCGAGGAAAAGAUUUCCUGUGGUGCUGACAACAUCUGGGUUCCUGGUAUGCCACAAUGUAAAGCAGUUGUUCAGUCUACCACCAUCAGGACCAGUACUACUACUACUAUCACCACCACCACCAAAACUACUAGUUCUUCUUCUGCCAGUGGUUCUUCUUCUUCUGCCAGAGGGAAAGAAAACCAACUUGAUACAAUAAUCUCAGUGAUAACAUUGAUAAUCUUCACUCAAAUAUGAAGAGGUUGGCCAUGAAAAAUCAAGUAUUUACAGCUACAAAAAUCAAAUCUACAUCAAGUAUUUAAAUCAUCAUUUGCUUAUUGCCUAUAAAGGUGAACUCAGGAGAGCUGAUCAUAGUGCUCAUAUAAGAAUGACAUGCUUUUGAUGAUGUCAACAAUUUAUGACUUCCUGAAAUUCCAAAUUGCAGAAGGGAUAAAGAUAGAUUUUUUUUUAAUAUAUGAAAUAUUUUAACUAAAGUGUUUCCUUUAUUUACUUAUAUCAUAUGAACCAAACUUAUAGAUGAUGAGUACAUAGAGGAAGAUAUUCUAGCAUCUUUCCUGUGAAACUGAAAAGGCAAGAGGUUAAAUAUUAAAUCAUAUAUUUUGCUUCAAAUUGAAGACUUCAUUUUUUUUUAAUUUGUAGGGGAUUUAGAUGGUCUAACUUUUUUACUCAUUAAAGCUUUCUCCUUCAAUGAAAUAGUGAAUUAAAAUGAAAAUAUCACUCAUGUAACUAA